CUUACUACUUCCCUUUUAUGCUCUUCUACUUUCUGUUCCCAAGCAAAAGCCAUUGUUUCCUUCACACCUUUUGUUUUCUAAGUACCAACCUAAGUUUCUUCUAAUCCGUAGUCUUUUUCUUUUCAUGGCUUUCCUCAAGUGGGUUUUACUGAUUUUCACUCUUCAUUCGUUUAUGCCUACACCCAUUUCUUCAAAUCUUUCAUUAAACAAGGAAGCCUUACCGCAAAUCCCACUCAACUUUCUCGAAUUUUCCAAGAAACCAGAGAUUAUGGAUUGGAUGGUUAAUAUUAGAAGAAAAAUACAUGAAAACCGGGAGCUUGGUUAUGAAGAAUUUGAGACUAGUAAGCUUAUACGAGCUGAGCUUGAUCUUAUGGGCAUCCCUUACAAGUACCCGAUUGCUGCUACCGGUGUUGUCGGCUAUAUUGGCACCGGCAAGCCUCCUUUUGUCGCACUCAGAGCAGAUAUGGAUGCUCUUGCCAUGGAGGAACUGGUGGAGUGGGAGCAUAAGAGUAAGGUUCCUGGAAAGAUGCAUGCUUGUGGACAUGAUGCUCAUGUUGCUAUGCUUCUUGGUGCUGCAAAGAUGCUUCAACAUAAUCAAAAUGAUUUGCAGGGAACAGUUGUUCUUAUUUUUCAACCGGCAGAGGAAGGGGGUGGGGGAGCCAAAAUAAUGUUAGAUGAAGGGGCUUUAGACAAUGUUGAUGCCAUCUUUGCACUCCAUGUUACAGCUAGAGUCCCCAUCGGUAUGGUGGCCUCUCGACCUGGUCCGAUUUCAGCUGCAAUGGGUUUCUUUGAGGCUGUAAUUAAUGGAAAAGGGGGACAUGCUGCAAUUCCUCAGCAUACGGUAGACCCCAUUUUAGCAGCUUCCAAUGUGAUUGUUAGCUUGCAACAUCUAGUUUCACGUGAAGCUGAUCCCUUGGAUUCUCAGGUGGUAAGCAUUGCGAAAUUCCAAGGGGGUGGUGCAUUCAAUGUCAUUCCGGAUUCUGUCACCAUUGGUGGCACUUUCAGGGCAUUUUCAAAAGAAAGCUUUCUUCAACUCAGACAAAGGAUUGAGGAGGUUAUAUCGAAACAAGCAAGCGUGCAAAGAUGCAAUGCGACAGUGAUCUUUGACGAAAGGUCCAUGUACCCUGUGAACUCAAACAACAAAGAGUUGCAUGAGCAUUUCAGAAAGGUUGCAGGGGAGAUUUUGGGCUUUGAGAACAUUAUAGAAAUGCAGCCGCAGAUGGGAGGAGAGGAUUUUGCAUUCUUUUCAGAGUCGAUCCCUGGACUUUUUUUCUUUCUUGGGAUGAAGGAGACGGAAGGAGCAGUUCACUCGGGACAUUCACCCUACUUCAGAGUAAAUGAAGAUGUUUUUCCAUACGGUGCAGCUUUACAUGCAUCGUUGGCGACAACAUACCUCUUGCAAAAUCCGACCAAACAUACUUCACCUCCAGAAUCAGGCAUAAUGGAUUCAGGGGCUCCAAGGAGUUUGUAAAUGUAACAUAAAUUCUUGGGCAACAGUGAACGGGUGAGCGAGCUAGUGAUAAGAAGUGUCCAUACAUAGUCAAACGGUCAACCACGAUCAUUAUUGUGUUCUUUCCCUUGGAUGCGGGCAAUCCCUUAAUGAAGUCCAUGCUAAUGGCAGACCAAGCUUGAUCGGGGAUAGGUAGAGGUUGAAAAAGACCAGGGAAGGUUGUGAGGUAUGUCUUGCAUCUUUGGCAGGUUAAACAUUCUUGCACCCACUUCUUGAGAUCCUUCGAUAGACCCUUCCAGUAAAGUAAAGUGGAGAUGUGGUGCCGUGUGGCAUGUAUUCUAGAGUGGCCUCCCAAUAGACUAUCAUGAAAAUAGUGGAAAAGAUCAUUCUGAGAUCUGUAUUGUUUUGGACGACCACUUUUCCCUUUCUUCGCAAAACAGUUCCAUCCCAGCUAUAUUUAAGGUGAGCAUUGGGUUGUUACUGUAGCUCAUGGAUCACUUAUUGCAGUUUCGUGUCCACCAGUACUGAGUUAAUAAUUCUAUUCCAAAUAUCAGACCAGACCCUGCUGACCU